AUCCGUAUCCGACCCCGGAUAUUCAAUGCGGAGACGCACACUUGCACCUACCACACCUUAUCAUUAAUGCUGGCUAGAGUGGAGUGCGACCGUUGAUCUAUCACAAUCUACUCCAACUCUACCCCGAAUCCCUACUCGAGAUGUUGUUGGCUAGCUAUAAUGUCUCCCCAAGUAGAGCGAUGCAGACCCUGGCACACAUAUCUUACGAAGAUCGAUAAAAGAGCUCAUAGCACCCCUCUCGAUAAUUUAUAGGCACAAAUCAAAUUGCAACACUUGCAAUGGCAGACUCUGCGGCAGCCAUAUUGCCUGUUGGCGCUGGAUAUGGCGUCGUCGUGGGUAUCGGGUUCUUCUUCGCAUUCCUGAUGAUGGGCAUAUCAUGGAUACAGAAUAGAUACACAGCAUACUCGACAAAACAAUCGGAAGAGUUCAACACCGCAUCUCGGUCCGUCAAGCCAGGCCUUAUAGCUUCGGGCAUUGUAUCGGCGUGGACUUGGGCGGCUACUUUGCUGCAGUCAAGUACUGUCGCAUACACGUACGGAGUCGCCGGCCCAUUUUGGUACGCUGCCGGAGCGACUGUACAGAUCCUCGUGUUCUCGAUUCUAGCUUGUAAAGUCAAGCAGAAUGCGCCGCGAUGCCAUACUUACCUCGAGAUCAUCAAUGCCAGAUAUGGUCGCCUGGCGCAUAUAGUGUUCAUGAUGUUUGCGUUCAUCACGAACAUCCUUGUCGGCAGCCAGCUGUUGCUUGGUGGUAGCGCCGUAGUCACUGCCUUGACUGGCAUGAAUGUCUAUGCUGCUAUCUUCCUCAUUCCUGUUGGCGUGUGCGCGUAUGUGAUCCUCGGAGGUCUUCGAGCGACUUUCUUGUGCGACUACUCGCACACAUUGAUCUUGAUGAUCAUCAUCCUGUACUUCAUGUUCCACGCAUACGCCACGAGCGACCUCAUCGGCUCACCGAGCGCUAUGUACGAUCUGUUGAAAAGCGCCGCGGCUUCACGGCCCAUCGACGGCAACCACGAGGGCUCUUACGUUACACUGAAGUCCAAUCUUGGGCUCAUCUUUGGUGUUAUUCAACUCUGCUCUGGCUCUGGAACUGUGUUUCUGGAUCAAGCGUACUGGCAACGAGCCAUUGCAUCUCAGCCCUCUACAGCAGUGAGAGCAUACAUUCUUGGUGGCAUUGCCUGGUUCGCAAUUCCAUUUGGAUUCUCGACGACUCUGGGACUGGCUGCUGCUGCUCUAACGGAUCAUCCGAGCUUCCCAACCUAUCCAAACGUACCAAGCGCACACGAAAUCUCGUCUGGUCUCGCAGCUCCGUACGCAGCAAUUGCUUUGCUAGGAAAGAAUGGAGCGGCCGCGUUAUUAAUCGUCUUGUUCAUGGCGGUCACCUCGUGUGCCUCAGCAGAGCUCAUUGCGACGUCGAGUCUUCUUACUUUCGAUGUCUACAAGGCUUACAUACAGCCCAAGGCUACACCUAAGCAACUCAUAUUUGUAUCACACAUCAUGAUCUGUGUAUUCGGUGUGGUCAUGGCUGUUUUUGCCUGCAUCUGGAACGUUGCAACAAUCGAUCUGGGCUGGCUCUUUCUAGUCAUGGGUCUCCUGAUCGGCGGUGCAGUCUUCCCCGCUGCAUUCUCAAUCAUCUGGAAGAAGCAGACCCGUCUCGCCGCCAUCUCAGGCUGUCUCUGCGGCCUCGCCGCCGGCCUCAUCGCCUGGCUGACAACAGCAUACCACUACUACGGCGAAAUCACCGUUGCCACCACCGGCACCGAAUACGCCACGCUUGCGGGCAACCUGGCCGCGAUCAUGACCGGCCUCAUCGUGACCACCACAAUCACACUUAUUAAACCAGACGACUUCGACUGGGAGAUCACCCGCGCCAUCAAUGCCAUCCCCGUGAGCGAGGGCGUCACCCACGCCAACGCCGACACACCCGACCGCACCGCAUCCCUCUCCGACCACGAGAAAUCCGACAGCAAGACCACCCCGCCGUCUGACACCACCGCUCCCUCCGAAGCUGAGGUCGAAGCCGCUCUGCACGUGUCUCCCAGCCCCGUCGACGAUUCCCCGUCGUCGCUCCGCAGCGCAUUCAAACUCGCGUGCAUAUCUUCCUUCGUGCUGACCUUCAUUCUGGACUUUUUGCUGCCCAUGCCGAUGUUCUUCAGCCACUACGUUUUCAGCAAGGGCUUCUUCACUGCGUGGGUAGUCAUUAGCUUUAUUUGGGUGUUUGUGAGUAGUGCGAUCAGCUGCUUUUUGCCGAUCUGGGAGACAAGGAGUUUUUGGGGCGAGUUGUAUGGGAGGAUUCGGAGGGGAGAGGUUGGCGGGAAGUGAGACAAUAGUGUUCGAUGAAGUCAGAGGGUGCUGUAGGUUCACGAUUAUGUCUUUUAUGGGUAAG